AUGUCACUAAUACGCAAAAAGGUUCAGGAAUUUGAAGCUGUUAAUGGUGAAUGGUCUAUACCUGAGGUUCAAACCCAAAUGUUGGCUGCUGCUGAGGCUGCAAAUAAAGAACGGGAAAAAGAUAAAGAUCAUUUGACUGUACAACGCAAGGAGAAAGAAUUAAGUGUGCAUAGUGAUGCUAGUCGAGAUCUAACUCCAGCUAUAGAUGAUCUUAAAAAGAAUGCCGAACCUCAAGAAGUUGAAAUGAUUGAUGCAGCAGCUGAACUUACUGGAGGAGAUACUCAGACUGCAGCGGCAGAUUCUUCACCUAAAAAAGCUGAUGCUGAUAAAGAUGAGGAAAAGAAGAAUGAUGAAGAGACCGAACAAAAAUCCAAAGAACCACGUCCAAAAAUUAUGUUCAAUAUUGCUGAUGGUGGUUUUACUGAACUCCACACUCUCUGGCUUAAUGAAGAAAAUGUUGCUGUUCCGGGAAAAGAAUAUGAAAUUUGGAAUCGACGACAUGAUUAUUGGUUACUUUGUGGAAUUGUUAUGCAUGGCUAUGGUCGUUAUCAAGAUAUUCAAAACGACAACCGAUUUUCAAUAAUUAAUGAACCUUUCAAAUUAGAACAAUCUAAAGGAGGAAAUUUUGCCGAAUAUAAAAACAAGUUUUUGCAAAGACGUUAUAAGUUAGUCGAACAAGCUUUAAUAAUAGAAGAACAAUUACGUCGUGCAGCAUAUUUACAAAUAACUCAAAAAACUGAAGAACAACAUAUGCAAAAAGAUGCAGCAGAGAAGGCAAUAGCUAUUGGACAGGAUCCUGUUUUGGCAAGCCAAUCGGUAGCAGAUAAUUCUGGCCAGUUAAGCGAAAGAUUUGCUGAUUUGGAAUGCUUGGCAACAGCACAUGAAUCUCUGUCGCGUGAUGCUCUGAAGGGUGACAAAAAUGCCUACACAGUUCUACAUAAAGUCCUAACCCAAUUGGAGGAUUUGAUGAAUGAUAUGAAAAGCGAUGUUUCUCGACUUCCAACAACACUUGCACGACUUCGACCAGUAACUGAACGAUUAGGAAUGACUGAAAGAGCAAUUCUUAAUCGGCUCACAACUAAGGAUGCAGAAGCUACUGCUGGUCAGAGCCCCCUUCCUCCUCCUGGACCAUUUGUAACGCCAAUUACAUCUGCAAAAUUUAAUGGGAUACAACCCAAAUUUUCGAGUCUAAUUAAGCUUGAAUAUAAAUCAAAUGAAAAGGAAGAAAAAGAUAAAAAGAAGGGAAAGAAAUCUGAAGAGGAGGAGGAAGUAAAAGAAGAAAAAAUGGAGGAGGAAGAGAAAGAAGAUCAAAUAACAGCGAAUGAAAAAAUUUUAACAGCUGAUGAAAAGAUGUUGGAAAAUAAAUAA